CAACCGCAAGCCAACCGUUCAUUCGCUUUGCGCCGGCAAUCCGAGUAGAUUUUUAAAUUGAAUUGAAUCGCUGGACGAAAAGUGUGUGCACAGCCGUGAGUGGUGCGAUCCAGCCAAUUGAUAUUGCGAUAAGGAGCGGCGAGUAAAAGUAAUUACCUCAUAGCCAUCACCGUUCGAAAAUAGUAACCGUGUUUUCUGUGAUAUCUGUGAACCACGUAACAUAGCCACCAACGCAUCACACAAAACCCACCAAAAUGAUUAACAUGGACAUUAGCGUUACGCCCAACUACUCGUACAUCUUCGAUUUCGAGAACGACUUCAUACACCAGCGCACACGGAAAUGGAUGCUGGAGAAUUGGACAUGGGUGUUCUACUACUGCGGCAUCUACAUGCUGGUCAUUUUCGGUGGUCAGCACUUUAUGCAAAAUCGGCCGAGAUUUCAACUGCGCGGCCCGCUGAUCAUAUGGAACACCUUGCUGGCCAUGUUCAGCAUCAUGGGAGCUGCCCGAACGGCGCCUGAGCUGAUUCACGUGCUGCGUCACUACGGACUCUUCCACUCCGUCUGCGUGCCCAGCUACAUCGAGCAAGAUCGCGUGUGCGGCUUCUGGACCUGGCUCUUCGUGCUCAGCAAACUGCCAGAGCUGGGCGACACGAUAUUUAUCGUGCUCCGCAAGCAGCCACUCAUCUUCCUGCACUGGUACCACCACAUCACUGUGUUGAUCUACUCGUGGUUCAGCUACACGGAAUACACCAGCUCGGCCCGCUGGUUCAUUGUGAUGAACUACUGCGUGCACUCGGUGAUGUACAGCUACUACGCACUGAAGGCGGCCCGCUUCAAUCCGCCCAGGUUCAUCUCGAUGAUCAUUACCUCGCUGCAGCUGACGCAAAUGAUCAUCGGCUGUGCGAUCAACGUAUGGGCCAAUGGCUUCCUGAAGACGCACGGCACCUCAUCCUGCCACAUUUCGCAACGCAACAUCAACCUGUCGAUCGCCAUGUACUUCAGCUACUUUGUCCUGUUCGCGCGCUUCUUCUACAAGGCGUACCUGGCGCCCGGUGGCCACAAGAGCCGUCGCAUGGCCGCCUCCCUUGCUGCCCAAAACGCUGUCAAGCAGUCGAGCAGCCCCCAGCAGAGCAGCGAGAGCUCCAAGUUCAUUGGCGCUGGCGAGGAUCAGGUCGCCUACCUGCGCAAAGCGAAGGCGCAGUAAGGAGGGCAGUAGUUCAGCAAACACCCACACCUACUCCCAUUACAACCACUCCCCCUGUUAACAGCUAAGGACAUUUAUUUAUGUAGCGGUGUACAAGUUGUUUUUUAAUUUUAAACCUGGGUGGCACACUCAACACACAUAUACACACACACACGAUCGGUCGGGAAAGAAUUAAAUUUGUAAGCGAAAAGUUGAACCGGGUAAACAGGCAUACAAACUAUAUAUCUGAACAUGUAUAUAAAAAAAACAGACAAACCUAUGCUAACCAAAAUUCAGAGUCGAGUCAUAAAACUGUAUGUAACUGGGGGCCAGAAGUCUUGCAAACGAAGCGGUGGCAUGUAAAGCUUAGGGUUUAAGGACACUUAAUGUGCAAGCAUGAAUAUAAGCUUCCAGAAGUGUCCAUUAGCAGCCAGCCAAAGGGAAAUAUUAAAGAAAGGAAAGGAAUUUAGCUGCUUACUAGUUUGCAUGAGUUAAAUUUAUAGUCACUAUGAAACCUCUUCGUAUAUUUCCCAAAUACAGUUCUAUGCAAUCCAUUUAAACGUGUGUUGUUAAGCCCAAAGUCGUAUAUGUAUAGAUAAUAUAAUUCGCAGAUAUAUUGACAGCCUCUAAAUUCAUGUUUGUUUUCAACUAGCCUUCGAAUUGAGUUCGAUAUUUAUUAUUUGCGUUGUCAGCGAUAAUUUGCCUUCUCAGGUGGGAUUUUGUUUUGCCUCCCAGUUUUAGUUAAAAUUCUCAAAAGGAUCGAACUCCGGCCUAUAAUUGUGUUAUAUCGUUCAAUAAAUGAUAUAUACUGGCAUUUUUGGUAUAGAAUUCAAUUUUAGUUGUUGGAAAAAGGUCUGAGAACUUUGUACUUCUAAGUCUAUACGCAUAUAUAUUUAUAAAACCUAUAUUAACGGAAUAUUUAACAAGUGAAACUAAAAGAAACCAUUACCAACCAAUAACGAAACACUAUGAGUUAGAUUAUUGUUGUUCCAAGAUCCAGAGCGCAAAUUGUUAUUAUAAAGUAAUAAAGUGUUUUGAAAUCUGUA